GUCAAUGGAAAAUACCGGAAAUAUUUCUUUAAAAUAAAAUGAGGAGUAACCUAUGGGAGUAACAUAUCGUUACACAAUAUCCGAUGUUUUGGAUAUAAAGUGUUGGGAAACCUAUACUUUGAGUUACCUUCUCCGUGUUUUUGUAAAGUAACUCAUGUGUUUUGAUAACCGGAAGUAAACAUUAUCAUUGGCUAGCUUGACAAGAGUCACGCGCAGUAGGCAGGUUUCUGAGCGCGGAUAAGAUGACAGAAAUGGGCUCAGCGGUGCGGUUAUCGGUGGUCAGCCUCCUCCUUUGCCUGCAGCUCGGCAAAGCUCCAGCCCGCAGCCCACGUACGGUGGAUCAGGUGUCAGAGGCCGAUAUACAGCGUCUCCUUCACGGUGUCAUGGAGCAGCUGGGUAUUGCACGGCCCAGAGUGGAAUAUCCAGCACAUCAGGCCACCAACAUUGUCGGGCCUCAGAGCAUACAGGGUGGUGCACAUGAGGGACUGCAGCAUCUCGGUCCUUAUGGGAACAUCCCCAACAUUGUGGCCGAGCUGACAGGUGACAAUGUCCCCAAAGACCUCAGUGAUGACCACAGUUACCCAGAUCCUCCAAACCCCUGUCCCCUAGGAAAAACGGCAGCAGAUGGGUGCCUGGAAAAUACUCCUGACACAGCCGAGUUUAGCAGAGAGUUUCAAAAACACCAGCACCUAUUCGACCCGGAGCAUGACUACCCAGCACUGGCAAAGUGGAACAAGGAGCUUUUGUACCAAAAACUGAAGGGUGGACCAAAAAGAAGAAAAAGGAGCGUCAAUCCUUAUUUACUGGGCCAGAGGCUGGACAACGUGGUUGCUAAGAAAUCUGUUCCCCACUUCUCUGAGGAAGAAGAAGAGGGAGCACCAAAUGUCUCUAUUGCUAGCAAAUCCACAACCUAAUGUCUUGCAAGUCUAACUGUAAAGUUAAAGUGUACUCUGAUAAAUGUUUUUUUUUAUUUAUUUUUUUUUUACCACCAGACAUUUAAGCGUUUAGGCCAAAAUUCAAUGAGACUGUGUUUUGAGAGCAAGUGUUGAAUUAGUUAAUGUUUAGUUUUAAAUAUAAACUGACCCAGAGCUUGGUCAGUAAUUAGCCAUGACUAGCUUCAGACUGUAACCUAUUACUCCUGCUGCUUCUUUCUUUUUAACCUGUUCCCUUUCAUUCUGAGAGCUUCAACAUGGAAACAAAAUAUUACUUUUUGAAACAAUGACCCUCAGCCACCAGGACCGACACAUUGUUAUUUGUGAAGAAAAUCCAACUGAAAUUCUAAGAUUUUAUAGUGUUUUUUAACCAUAAGGCUAUGUCUGCAAGUAAGAAUUUGUUGCACGUCCUUUCAACAAAUGCUUUUUUGAAAUCAAAAAGUUUUUUUAAGCUCUAAAAUCAAGCUGUAAUGAGGAAUGAUCUCAGAAGAUGACACAGUAGUUUGAGUAAAAAGCUUGUUUAAGGACCAAAAGGAUAUCUGUUCUCUGAUUAGAUCUGUUCGAUUUGAAAGGAAAUGCUUGUUCAUUUACACCAAGACAAUAUAGUCUUCUUACUGGAGAUUCAGCCCAGAAUAAUAAAAUGUGUGUAAUAAAUACUUAACUGUAAGUUUAAAGUAAAUUUCCAGCUGUACAAUAAGAGGUUGCAGAAAUAUUUGUUGUUCUUGAGGAAGGUUAAAUCAGAAAAUCACGUUUCACCACAUGUUCACUUUUUAUAUAUACCAUGUGAAUCACUUUAUUCUCUUGUAACAAUGAUUAAAUUCUACUCAUGCAUUUAAAGGUGAUUUCAAAUAUGUGGUCACCCUCCGUUUCUAUGGAGACGAUUGAAAACAUCUUUGCUGUAGCAUGACGCACCUUUUGGAGCUUAUUCUGACUUUUCUUUGUCCUGGUGUUGUGGAUCGCUACAGGCUACACUGACUCUUAUCUUAUUUACCAAAUCUAGUCAAAAUGUUUGUGUUCUGUUUUUGUUCUGUAAAGUCAAAUAAACGAUUUAUCUGCA